UGGGUGGCGGAGGCUUGAUGGAGCUUGGAGUGAUUGUCUAUAGAUUAUACAGGGCGUUAACCUAUAGUGUCUCGCCGUUGCUUCACCUCCAUAUGCGAUGGCGCAGGCUCCGGGGACUAGAACAUAUCAGCCGUUGGCCCGAGCGGUUCGGUUGUCCCUCCGCCGUACGCCCGCCGGGAUCGCUCGUCUGGUUUCACGCCGUCUCUUUAGGAUUUUCUUUGUGGGGUUGGUGUCUAUCAGGUGAAGGAAUGGCUGCCAUUCCCGUGAUCAGACGCUGCAAUGAUAUGAAGCCAGAUUUGACUAUUCUGAUGACGACGACGACAGUAUCUGCAUUUGAGGUGAUAAAGAAUCAACUCCCCACUGGUGUUUUACAUCAGUUUGCACCGCUCGAUACACCCGUGGCUAUUGACAGAUUCCUUGGAUAUUGGAAACCAAAUGCCAUCAUCAUAAUGGAAAACGAACUUUGGCCUAAUCUCAUCAUGUCUGCUGCACAACUUCUAAUUCCGUUGGCAUUGUUGAAUGCUCGUAUGUCUGCAAAAUCGUUUAACCGGUGGUCUAGUCCUCUAUUCCUACCGCUGGCAUCUUUGUUGCUAUCCAAAUUCUCAUUGAUUGCCCCAUUGAGCACCCUGCAGGGUAUACAUUUUCAGCUGCUGCAGGCACCACCCUUUGUCAUUAAUUUUGCGGGAGACUUGAAAUACGUGGAAAACAAGCUCCAUGUAUCUAGUGGAACAUCCGAAAGUAUAAGAGAUCUAAUAGUAGAACUCUCAGAAAUGAAGGUCUGGAUUGCAUCUUCAUUACAUAGAGGCGAAGAAGAAGUCAUUUUAGGAGUUCACAGUUUGCUUCUUCAAUCACAUCCUGACUCUGUUGUGAUCAUUGUGCCUCGACAUCCACAUCAUGGCCAACAAAUUGCUCAAAAAUUGCGGAAAGAUGGCCAAAAGGUUGCUCUAAGGUCUCAAAAUGAAAAGCUUACAUCAAGGAAAACAAAUAUAUAUGUGGUAGAUACACUAGGUGAACUAAGAGAAUUCUACAGAGUAGCUCCAAUAGCCGUCAUUGGAGGUUCUUUCUUCCCGGAGUUAACUGGUCACAACUUGUCUGAAGCAGCUGCCGCUGGCUGCGCCGUUAUUACAGGUUGUCAUGUUGGGCAUUUCUCUCAUAUGGUGAAGGCAAUGCAACAGGCGAAUCCCUUAUCGAUUACACAGGUCUCGACUAAACUAGAGCUCAAAGAAGCUAUCGACUUGCUCCUGAGUAACCCUGAGAUUCUGGAAGCACGUCAGAGAGCUUCUAAAGAAGUAUAUGAAUCUCUAUCAAGCUGCAUUAUCUCUAACACUUGGAAUCUUCUCAAUCUCCAUAUCUUUAGAGGGAAAUGAUUUGUUAGUGUGGCUUAUUGAGAACCGAUAGCAUGUAAACAUGUAUAUAUUUUUAG